UGGCUCGAUCUAGCGGUCCGAGAAUAGGGGGCCGCUCAGCGGGCUACUCCAGCAUGAGAUGAAAAGCCGAAGGGCUUCACUUUCUCCUGCCGGCAGCUUCGCACCCUCCUUUGCCAAUGUCCUCGUGCGUGCGAGACCACCCUUGCCAUCUGAAGCGUCCUAUGGGCACUGCGCACGCACGGAUGGCAAGAAAGUGGUUCUGACCACCGAAACGGAGGCACCAGGCCGUGGCAAAAGAUUAAAGGCCGUGGAAUGUCAAUAUGACAAGGUCCUGGGAAUCCAAGCUGGACAAGAGGAAGUGUGGGGCAUCGCUAUGCCAGUGGUGAACAAAGCUUUAGAUGGCUACAACGUCACGAUCUUCACCUAUGGCAUGACCGGAAGUGGGAAGACCUACACCAUGCUGGGCCCAGCGUUGAUGGAUUCAGCCUUCGAGGGCCAGGUCACCAGCAGUGAUCUCAUUGCAAAGGAUGAACAUCGAGGAGUGGUCGUCCGGACGAUGCAGUACCUGUUCCAGCAAGCACCGGAGGCGCAGAUCUUCUUGAGCUACGUCCAGAUCUAUCAGGAGAGGUGCUAUGACCUUUUACAGCCGCCCAAUGUUCCGUCCAAGCCAUUAAAGGUGAGAGAGGAUCCGCAGAAGAAGCCCGGGCAGAAUGUGAAUGUGUUCGUGGAGGAUCUCAGUGAAGUUCGGGUCGGAAACCUGGAGGAAUGUCUAGAGUAUCUCAUGGCCGGCUUUGGCAACGUGGCACUUCGCUCCACCCACUACAACGAGCAAUCUUCCAGAGCCCACUGCAUUCUGACGCUCACUCUCCGGCAGCAGCUGCCCGACCAGCGCAUCCGCGAGUCCAAGCUGCGGCUGGUCGACCUGGCUGGCAACGAGCGAUGGGUGAUCCACGGUCCUCAGAUCUCUCCACAGCACGCGAGGGAGCUGGCGACCAUCAAUAAGUCCUUGCAUAUCUUGGGCAGUUGCCUUCAGACUUUGUCGCAGCCAGUGACCACCAAUCGACGUGGCCAAGAGCUGGUGAAACAUGUGCCCUACAGGGACUCCACCUUAACCCAACUGCUGCGAGAUAGCCUCGCGGGCAAUAGCUACACCUUGAUGAUUUGCACAAUUUGCUGUUCAAUCCUUUAUCAGAUGCAGACCUUGAGCACUCUGCGCUUCGCCGACCGCGUGAAGCGCGUGAAGAUGAGGGCCACGAUCUGCGACACUGUCGACCCGGCAGAGCAGCAGCAGCAGAUCCAGGCUGAAGUGGAGUACCUCCGCUCGGCGGUGAGUGGGGCGGCCUCCGGCAACGUCCAGGAGUUGAAGCAAAAGGUCUCGGAGCUUCGCAAGGCGUGUUUGGGCCUGGAGGGCGAAAACCGCGUGUUGCGCGAGCAGAUCGCCGAGCUGGAGAAGCAACCAGUACCCAUGAAGAGCACCAUGAAGAAGGCCGCUGCCCGCGUGCGGCGUGCGAACAGCGAGCCCAGUUUACCCACACCAGAUCCCUGGUUCGACCACGAGGACUUGGGAGACCUCCAGGCAAUCUACUAUCGGAGCCAUGAUGAUUUGGGCAGCCGCAUGGCAGGGAGCUGUCCCAAGGGCCAUCGCCUCGAUAGUCUGGGCAGCAUCGCGCAUCCGCUGCCAGCGGCCGCCAACGCUGCUUAUUUCGAGUGGCAUUGUGACCGUCCUGGCUGCCGUGGAAGCAGUCGACAAUUGGAUUUGGGGCGGUUUCACUGCAGUUUGUGUCAACAUGACUUAUGCCAAGUAUGUUAUGACCAGCUGGUGGGCAAGUCCUACUCCAAAGUGGAUGUCCACGCCCACCGCGCCCGCCGAAAACCGCCCGCCAACAGCCCCCCCAGCCCGGUCGCCCGUGCUCGCGUGGAGGGCGUGGAGAGGCGACCGGAGCCGGAACGGCGACAGCCCAGACCUGCGUUUCGCGCAGCACCCGCCCCCGCACGUUCCGCCCCUGCGCCACCACCGGGCAAGUCCGCACCCAGCCGGACGCCCCGGGGGCCGGAGGAGCCCAAGGGGCCUGAGAAGCCACCGUACAUCCUUCGUCUCGAAGAGUCCGCCCGCGCCUUCGCCCGUGCCGAGCGCUCGGCCGCGCAGCGGCCGACGCCGCGCUCGGCCGCGCACGGCGGCACGGCGCCGGCGUCCGGGGCGUCGAUUGGGUCGGCGUCCACGGCGUCCACGACGCCGGAGUCGGUGCGGAAGCGCGUGAAGGGGCGCCGUGAUGGAAGGGCGCCACAGAGUGAGAGGAACAGUUCCUCACUACCACCAGUGCACGCCAGAACGCCUUUGCGCGAGAUCCCCAACUCUGAGCGGGGCGUUCGCCGGAAAGAGCCAGAUAGCUACUACUACCGGCACCCUGACAUCCCCUUGCGCGAUGCGAUUUUUCUGCCCGCGCUGGAAGAGGAUUGGCAAGGUCAGAGAGCCAGCCCCCACAAGGCCAGCAGCCCGCAACUCUGGACCCGCGCGCCAGCGCCCGCCGCGCCAGCGGCGCCCACGGCGCUUGCGCCGCAGGCGCCGGCGGCGCCUGCGGCUGGCGGUGGCAGUCGCAAGCCUCUAGCGUUGAAGGUGCCGGACGCCGUGGACAUGAGGACCCUGUUGGGUGAGCUGGAUGCGAAGCAUGCCAUGCAGGAGCCGUAAUCAAUGUCAGCCCAAGCCACAGCAGGUUACCCGUGGCCCAACAUGGAGGGGUU